AUGCACAGUCUAGCGAUGGGGACGAGCCGCGGCCACGUGGCGGUGUGGGUGGUGGAGGUGGUACGAGACAAGGAGGUCAGCAAGGACGUGCUACUCACAGCCAUCGAGGACGCGCAUCAAUGCGCCUUCCGCGUCGCCUUCAACCUCGUAUCUGUCUUGACUGCUGUCCCAUCGUCCAGUAAGUUGAAAAUUUUAGAGUCGAAAGGAGGUCAAAAGGAGGUCAGCAAGGACGUGCUACACACAGCCAUCGAGGACGUGCAUCAAUGCGCCUUCCACGUCGCCUUCAGCCUCGUCUCCGUCUUAACCGCCGUCCCGUCGUCCACGGGUGGCGAGCUCCCGAUUUCGCAGGCGGACGCGCGGUCGUUGCAGCAGAUGGAGAACAACAUCUUCCAAAACAUCCUCGUGCCCUUCAAGACCUUCUCCGAACGCAAGCAUAUCCCAGCAGCCAUGCACGUGGAGAAGAACGACAGGCGGGAGGAUGGGCUGGUGCACGUGGCAACCUCCUUCCAGGCCACCCGCCUCUACAUCGGCUCCAAGAAGAAGCUCUUUGGCAAGUCGUCCCACGUGCCUGACUACUGCAGCGGCCACCUACCAGACACCUGCACGCUCAUUGUCGUGCAGGGGGGGCGCAAGAUCAGAGAAGCGCCAGGCGCAGCUGGCCCCCCUCCCAACCUGCCCGCCCGCUCCGCUCGCCACAACAACCUUCCUCUUCCCCAGCAGCAAGCCCAGCAGCGCGCCGAGCUCGUACACCCCUCCCCACACAGCAAAGCUCCCACGUCCCAGUAUCCUCCCCAGCAGCAGGCGCAUUGGGCUCAGCCGCCGCUGCAAGCCCAGCAGCAUGCGGACCCGUCACACCCCUCCCCACACAGCCAAGCCAACGCUCCCCACUAUCCUCCCCAGCACAUGCAGCGGGCUCAGCUGCCCCUGCAAGCCCUCCCAGGGCAGCAGCAGCAGGCUCAGCAGCAGCAGCAGCUUCAGCAGCAGCUUCAGCAGGCUCAGCAGCAGCAGCAGCAGCAGCAGCAGCUUCAGCAGGCUCAGUUUUUGCCACGGGCUGGCAGUGGUAACGGGUCGGAUGGCACUGCUGCUGCUGUUUACGCUGACGCUGGUCAUGCUGCUGCUGCGGAUGCUGGUAGGGGAGGGGGGGCAGGCGGGGCAGGGGGCUCGUCGCAGGUGUCUAGCGCUCUCAGCUCCCCCACGCAGAGCCCUCCUCUCUCCCCGCCCUCCCGCUCUGCCUAUACCAGUAUCUGUGACUCUGGUGUUGCUGCUGCUGCUGUCUCCCCUGCUGGUGUUGUUUCUCCCUGGGGAAUGGGAGGCGGUGUGAAUGGGUUAGGAGGGAUGGGUGGCAUGGGUGGCAUGGGUCCAAUGGGUCCAAUGGGUCCCAUGGGUGGUAUGGCUGGCAUGGGUGGCAUGGGUGGCAUGGGUGGCAUGGGUGGCAUGGGUGGUAUGGGUGGUAUGGAUGGGAUGGCUGGCGUUGGUGGCAUGAAUGCCAUGGGUGUCAUGAGUGGUUUGAGUGGCAUGGAUGGCAUGGGCGGCGGCAUGGGCGGCGGCAUGGGCAGCAUGAACGGCAUGGGCAGCAUGGCCGGCAUGGCUGGCAUGGGCGGCAUGGGUAGCAUGGGCGGAUUUGGUGGUGGCAUGGGUGGCAUGGGUGGCAUGGGCGGAUUCCCAGCUGCUUCCUCUCUUGGUGCCCCUGCUCUCACCCAUCUUUCCUCCAGCCCCACUGAUAGCCAUAGCACAGGCACUUCCUCUCUUCCUGGAUUCUCCACAACUUCCACCACUGUGGGUACUAAUGCUGCUGCGGCAGGCGGUUUCCCGAACCAGGGACUGCUUCCCGGCUCGGGAACAGACUCGGGGUCAGCAGACGCUAGGGCGGUAGUGGCCGCACAACAACAGCAGCAGCAGCAACAACAGAGGCAGCAGAUGGCUGAGUUAAAUCUGAGGUCUGGUAGGGUUUCGUCUGGUGGCGAGGCUGACAUUGGGGCGGCAGUGGCAGCGAUGCAGCCGCAGCGGCAGCAGGGAGAGCAGCAGCAGGCGGGGCAGCAUGCGGGACAGCAUGCCGGGCAGCAGGCGGGGCUGCAGCAGGACGUUCAUGCGGUGAUGCGGCAGCAGCAGAUGGAUCAGAUGGAGAUGUUUCGUAUGCACCAGCAGGCCCAGCUCGCCGACCCAGCAGCUGCAGCGGCGGCAGCGCACUCGCAAGCACAAAUGGGCAUGGGCAUGGGGAUGGGAAUGGGUAUGAAUCCAUUUGGCUGGCCUUACAUGAACCCAUACAUGGGCAUGGGCAUGGGUGGUGGGAUGAUGGGAGGACGGGGGAUGCCCAUGGGUCAAACGGGUAUGAUGGGUGGGAUGGGUGGAAUGGGGGGAAUGGGGGGAAUGGGUGGAAUGGGUGGGGGUUUCCCUAUGCUUGACUCUUCUACCUCUGCUUCCUCGACUUCUGCUGCCUCCUCAUCUGCUGCUGCUUCCUCUGCAGCAGCAGCAGCAGCAGCAGCUAGUGGUGGGUAUGGUAUGCCAGGCAUGGGAUUUCCCGGCAUGCCUCCUGGGUCCGGCUUCGGCGGAGCUCCAUUUGAUUUCACAGAGCUCCUAGCCGAACUGGCUCGGCUGCAAGAACAGGCUCGGGCGGCCCAGCUCGCUGCCGAACGAGCCGAUCAGCAGGCUCGGGAGGCUCGGGAGGAGGCUCGGAUGGCCCUCGAGAACGCCCGAGCCGAAUCCCAGCGGCGCUUAGAAGCCGAACUGGAAAAGGAAUUAGCUAAGCGUCAGGCGGAGGAGGAGGCGAAACGGGCAGCGGCGGCGAAAGAAGAAGCGGCCGAGGCGAAAAAGGCUGCGGCAGAGGCAGCAGCAUCAGCUGCGGCAACUCUGGUGAAAGCGCAGGAGGAAUAUGCGUUAGAACGAGUGAAGAAGCAGCAGGAGUUCCGGCAGUACACUAUAGAGGAACUGGAGGCAGCUUGUAACGGAUUUUGUGAGGAGAACCUGGUGGGGGAGGGCGGGUACGGGUCGGUGUAUAAGGGCAUGCUGGAACACUUCCCUGUGGCUGUGAAGGUGCUCAAGAACGCCCAGACGAACCAGGCUCUCAAAGAGUUUAAGAAAGAGGUGGAGGUGCAGAGGGGGCUGAGGCACCCCACCAUAGUGCUGCUGAUCGGGUGCUGCCACAACCCGCCGUGCCUCGUGUACGAGUACAUGCCUCAGGGCUCGCUCUAUGACAGGCUACUGUGCGACCGCGGCUCCCCGCCCCUGCCCUGGAACGUGCGCUUUGAGAUCUUUGAGAACAUGUGCAAGGCGCUCAUUCACCUGCACAACCGCGUCCCUGCCAUAGUGCAUCUGGAUCUCAAACCCGCUAACGUGCUCCUGGACAACAAUUUCGUGGCCAAGCUAGGCGACGUGGGCCUCGCUCGUUUUCUAGUGGGGAUGGACAACGGCCGCUCCUUCAUGCAGCAGUCCAUGGCGGUCGGCACGUUCGGCUACGUGGACCCGCACUUCCUCCGCACCGGCCAGUUCUCUCGCGAGUCAGACGUGUAUUCCCUCGGCAUGGUCAUGCUCGACAUGCUGAUCGGCAUCAAUGAGACGUCGGGGGAACGGGGGAAGAGGGACAGAGAGUUGGAGGCGUUGGAGGAGUGUGAGGAGGGCGGGGAUAUGGAGGCGUUGGGGGAGUUGUUGGAUCUGUCGGCUGGGUGCUGGCCGCCACGUGUCGCGCUGCGGUUGGUGCAGCUGGUGCGGCAGAUGGCGCAUUACAAGAGGAAGGCUCGGCCGGACCUGAGCAAGCAGGUGAUGGUGGUGGUGGAGGAGCUGCGCCCCUAUGUAGAUGCUGCAGUGGCGCUGGAGAGGGCGGACCGCAUGGAUGACUACCGCGAUUUCGUUCCCAACGAGUUCCGAUGCCCCAUCACCAUGGGCAUCAUGGAGAACCCUGUACUAGCAGCAGAUGGGCACACGUACGAGAGGGAGGCCAUAGAGCAGUGGCUGAGCGUGCACCACACCUCGCCCAAGACAGGCCGCCGCCUCGACAGCAAGGCGCUCACUGACAACAUAGCCGUGCGAUCCAUGAUUGCCGAGUGGCUGGAGCACCGGCUGCAACGGAGAGAGUCGCAUAAUCUUGAAAGCCUGAUGAGUGGCGAGCAAGCGGACGGUUACCACCCGGGUGGUUACGCGGAUUCACGCGACAUGCCUCUUCACGGCGCAGGAGGGAAGCCUAUGCAAGCAGGGCAGCAAAGGUACUAUGAAGGCGGGGGUGCUGCAUCGGGGGAUUAUGUAGGCAGUGAUGGUGUAGCUAGUGGUGGAUUUGCAGGUGGUGGGGAGCUUUACAGAGAGACAAGGAACGGAGGAGGGGUGUACGGGGAUUAUAUGGAGAGGUUGAGAGGGGGGUGUAGGGUGGUGGAGGAGGGGAGUGAGUGGGACGAGGAGGAGGAAGAGGAGGGUGAGGGCGGCAUGAUGCGUCCUGUAGUGGAGGGGUGUGCGGGAGGGCAUAUCCAACCUGAUGCAGCUUCAGAGGACGAAUCGGUUCAAGGAGAAUUGAGGCGGACCUAG